AAGUGAUGUGAUCAUGUGACCAGAUCAGGAGGUCACGCACCAACCGCAUCAGUCAGCUCAGCAGACUCCUUGGUCUGCAGCAGAGGCGCAAUGGCAGGCGAUUCCGGGAUCCAAGCGGCUGACCCCGGUGUUGAUGAGGCGACUCGAAGCCAGGAAAUUCAUUCCGAUGCUCACGGCGAGUCGACUUCCAUCCACCACCUGUCCGACGAUCUGCUAGGUCGCAUCUUCAGCUACGUUGGAUGGGCGCCACGUGGCGAUUCCUCGAAUUUCAAUCGCCAUCAGCAUCUGUCUGAGCAUUCCCUUUCUCCGUCGCUAGGGUUUCGCUAUAUUGGAGGGAGCCAGAGUCGAGUGCUGAUAAAUUCGCCGGACAAUCCAUUUUUAGAGAAUCAUCCCUCUUGGGGCUCCCCCUGGAGAUCGUCAAGCUCGGAAUCGACCAGUCGUCAUCUUCGCGGUUGCUUCAUCGUCGCUUGUCGCCGAUGGCAUCGCGUUGCAUGUGCGACUCUCUCGCACGUCGCCUUGCCGCCGAAGCGACGACUGUGCGCGCGACGCCUCUUGAACGGCCUCCCUUCCUUCCCCUCGCUGACGUCACUCACCUUGCCAGAUGCCAGCCUCUCAUUGGCCAACGACCAUCUGCUGACUCAGUUACCUGCCACGUGUCCGCGCCUCGCUCAUUUCCACCUUGGCGACAUGGGCGAGCCGCGAUUGGCGAGUUCCAGGUACUUACCUCGGACUAAGGGGCCUCAUCGCGAUCCGCUGCAUUCCGUCACCGCUGACGGGCUGGCGGUUUUUUUUUCAUCCUGCCCGCGGCUCGAGUCUCUGCUGCUCCGCUGCCCGGACGUUCUGACUCUCCUCCCUCCGUCGAUCUGCCAGCUAAGCCGCUUGACGUCGUUAGUCAUCAUCGCGUCGGGACUGACGCACCUCCCUGACGGAUUCUGUCAACUCUCCGCUCUCGUCCGUCUGUCUAUCCGUUCGGAGAGCCUGAAGAAGCUUCCGGCCGGCUUCCCAACAGGCGCGGACGAUGAUGACGUGAGCCGCCGGGACGAUUUCAACGGCUCAGAUGCAUCCUCGCCAUCGUCGUCAGAGGAUGAAUUCAGUCACAGCGACUCAAGUCAGGAGCGGAUGAAUCUGGACGAUAUCCGUCACGGAUUCCGUCACAAGAACGACAAAUCUCUCUCGCAACCCCUCCCCACGCCCGCCUCCCUCCCCUCCCCCCUCUUUUCCGCCCUCCGCCAUCUCUCCCUCUUCUGCUGCGACUCCCUCCGCGCCCUCCCCGCAUCCCUCCCCGCCGCCCUCCCGCGCCUCGAGUCCCUCGAGCUCCGCGAGUGCAGGAACCUUUCCGCCAUCCCCCUGCGCCUCCCCGCGCGCCUCCCCCGCCUGCGCGCGCUCACCCUCGCCUACCUCCCCGCCCUGCGCGCCUCCCUGCCCGCGCUCCUCUCCGCAGAUCCCCCUUUUGGGGGAGGCGCAGCAAGUCUCCCCCCUGGGGGGGUUACAGAAGCGGAAGCAGGAGGCGGAGGCUCGGGGGAAGUCUCGGGAGGGGCAAACUGGGGAGAAGCUAACGAGACUGCUUGUAGAAGGGACAAGAGUAUGGGAUUGGAACGUCUAGAAUUAGUCAGCUUGAGGCGAUUUAACAAGAUACCAGGGGAUACUCUCGCCUCCUUAUCUCUCUCCCUCACUCACAUCACCAUAGCAGACUCCCCCUCUCUCUCCUCCCUGCCAGACGAACUCUUCCUCUUGCCCAACCUCCACUCCCUCGCUCUCUCCUCCCUCCCGCUCCUCUCCUCCCUCCCCCCCUCCCUCCACCUCCUCUCUCACUCCCUCCAUCACUUGGAAAUCAAAUCUUGUAAGUCCCUGGAGAGUCUUCCCUCCUCCCUCACCUCCCUCUCCUCCCUCCGCUCCUUGCACAUGAGUGCAUGUGGUUUGAUCACCCACCUGCCUUCCCAUCCUGCUGACGUGCCCAAUGAAACAGCUGCGGCUGUGGGAAACAGUAACUAUGGCAUCACCUGCACCCCUCUCAACAGCAGCAGCAUAAGCAGCGGCAGCGGCAACAAGGGGGAUGGCGGAAGCAGCAGCAGCAGCAGAAGCAGCAGACGAGAGACAUCUGUCUCCUUCCUCCCAUCGCUCACCAGCCUGCGCAUCUCUCACUGCGACCGCCUACUCGCCCUGCCUCACUCCUGGCAGUGGCUGCCGUCCCUGCAGCAGCUGGAAGUGGAGGACAAUACGGGAAUGGAGGCACUCUUUGAAGGGGACAACGUUGUGCAUCAGAUUCAGCUGGCCUCCCGAUCCUUGUCGCAUGCAACUGCUUCUGGUCGCCCCUCCCUGCCGCCCACCGUUCUGCAUCCCACCGCACCGUCCCCUCCCUGCUCCCCCUCCCCUCUCCCCUCGCUCCGCUCUCUGACCGUAUCUGGCUGCCCCGAGCUCUCCCUCCUCCCUUCCUUUCUCCCCCGCCUCCCCUCUCUCCGCCACUUGACGCUGCUUCGCCUCCGCUCCCUCUCCCUCCUGCCUCCUGACAUUCCUCCCCUCCCCGCUCCUGUAACCGGCACUGCUACUAUCACUGGUACUGCCACUGUAUCCACCGAUGGCAUUUCAACUGGCACUGUGACUAUAAUUGGCACCGCUAUUAUCACAGGCUCUGCUAUUGUGACUGGUCCUGCCACUAUAAGUGGCACUAUGUCUGUUACUGGUACUGCUACUAUAGCCAAUGUGACUGCUUCUGUUGCCAGCACUGCUAACGUAACCAGCACUGGUCCUAUAACGGGUACUGCUGCUGGGAAGGGCGACGCUGCUGAGGGUAAUGCUGCAACGGAGAACAGCCAAGGUGGUAAUUCUGCUGCUGAGGUAGAAAGGAGUUCUGGUGGGUUGAGUGCAAUCCAGGAGUUGGGUGGUAUGAAAGCGCUGGUCUCACUCCAUAUUGACCUUGGGAACAACACACGCAUCACACACCUCCCUCACUCCCUCUUCUCCUCCCUCCCCUCCCUGGCCUCCCUCUCUCUCUCACGCCUCUACCACGUCUCCUCCAUCCCCCACUCCCUCUCCCUCCUCGCUCCCUCCCUCACUCACUUGCACAUCGCUCAUUGCCCCCUGCUGGCCUCCCUCCCCUCCUCCCUCUGCCUCCUCUCCUCCCUGCAAUCCCUUCACAUCAAAGAUUGCAAGUCUCUAGUGGCUAUUAUACAGGAAGUUUCAGGAGAUACGGGAGCGGAGAGGGAAAAGGAUGAGAAAGAGGAGGCACUAGCAGGGGAGGAAAAGUAUGAGAAAAGGGAGGCAGGAGCGGUGAAGAAGCAGAGGGAGGAGGAAGAGGAAGAGGAGGAGGAAGAGGAGGAGGAACAGGUGGAAGAAGAGGAGGAGAAGGAGAAGGACCGAGUGGGAAAGAAGCGGAAGGAGGAGGGCGAUUUGGCAAAGGAGGAGGAGGAAGAGGGGGUGGAGGAUGAGGGGGAGGAGGAGGGGCGAGUGGUGAAGAGACCAAGGAUCUCCAAUAGGAGGUCUGCAGCACUAAGCCUCUCCAUGGCCACAAUGCAUUCGUUACAAUCACUCUCCAUAGAAGAGUGCGAGGCACUUACACGCCUCCCGUCAACCCUCAGCCUUCUACCCCGCCUCACCGCUCUCCACCUUUCCAUGCUUACAAAGCUCGCCACUCUACCACCAUCCUUUCCCCUCCUCCCCUCACUCACCUCUCUCACUCUCAACUCCUGUGAUCUCCUCAGUUCUCUCCCUCCCGUCUUUGGAGCGCUCAGCAGUCUGCGCGUCUUGAAACUUUUGAACCUGCCCAGUCUUGCUGCCCUGCCCGAUUCCCUCGGGCAGUUGCCCCGGUUGGAGGAAUUUACCCUGAAAUGCUGCAACCUGCUGCUCAACCUGCCUGACUCGUUUCCCCGCCUGCCCUCCUUGUCUAAGCUCUGUAUCACCAGCUGCCUAAGGCUUGAGCGGUUACCAGCUGACCUUGGGUUACUUUCUUCGCUGGAAUGGUUACAGCUAAGAGACUUGUCAGAAUUGGUGGAAUUGCCUAACUCUUUGAGUGAGCUGCUGAGGCUUUGGGAAGUGGAGUGCUGGUACUGCUUUGGAAUGAAAGGUUCUCUGGAUUGGCUGAGAGAUAAGCCUGGUUUAGAUUUGAUAGUGGGAGGGUUUGAAAAAUCUUGGUGGUUCAAACACCUGGCUUAGAAUAGAGAGAAUGUUUGUCA